CCGGCCACAAGAGUGUGCACGUGAGGUGAACUGCAAUUUCUUCCUGCCAAACCAGAAUUAGCCGGUAUAGGAAUGAACGAGCGUGGAGAUUUGAAAUUGCACCGAUUGGAAGAAAGCCCGGGUUAGGUUCGGGCACCUCCAAACGUACCCUUUUUAAAGCCACACGGACUGAGGCCUGGAGCUCGGAGCUCCGCGACACGCGCACCUGGCCUGGCAGCAAGCGGCGGAGGAGCCCGGGCGCCGGGCGCCGAGCGCACGGAGCCGGCCGGAGAGCCGAGCCGCAGCCCCCGGCAUCUCCAUCCAGGAUGCUGGGCGACAUUGCAACAAAUCUCUACGCCCAGCCGCUCAGGGGGCUCCGAGGAAAACUGCAAGUUCGGGGAUCCGGGCCGGGAGCCGAGUGAGGCCGCAGCCCCGCGGGCUGCGGGCGAAAAUCUUGGAAAAUGUAUACAAGUCAUGAAGAUAUUGGGUAUGAUUUUGAAGACGACCCCAAAGAUAAGAAGACGCUUAAGCCCCACCCAAACAUUGACAGUGGGUGGGCUUGGAUGGUGGUUCUUUCCUCUUUCUUCGUGCACAUCCUCAUCAUGGGCUCCCAGAUGGCCCUGGGAGUCCUCAACGUGGAGUGGCUUGAAGAAUUCCACCAGAGCCGUGGCCUGACUGCGUGGGUCAGCUCCCUCAGCAUGGGCAUCACCUUGAUUGUGGGACCUUUCAUCGGCUUGUUUAUUAACACCUGUGGGUGUCGCCGGACCGCAAUAAUUGGAGGGCUGGUGAACUCCCUCGGCUGGGUAUUGAGUGCCUAUGCAGCAAACGUGCAUUAUCUCUUUAUCACCUUUGGAGUGACAGCUGGCUUUGGAAGUGGGAUGGCCUACCUGCCGGCUGUGGUCAUGGUGGGAAGGUACUUUCAGAAGAGACGCGCCCUUGCCCAGGGCCUCAGCACCACCGGGACGGGGUUUGGCACCUUCCUCAUGACGGUUUUGCUCAAGUACCUGUGCGCGGAGUACGGUUGGCGGAACGCGAUGUUCAUCCAAGGCGCUGUGUCCUUGAACUUGUGUGUUUGCGGGGCGCUUAUGAGGCCCCUCUCUCCUGGGAAGGAGCUCAACGACGACCGUGGAGGGAAGGAUCCACAGGUGGUCCCGGCUCAGUCCCCUGGAUCCAAGUCAAGCGGACAGUUGGACGGAGCAAAAGAGAAGGGUGGCGGGCCCAGGAAUGAGGAGACCCUCGGGGACCUCCCCGCCCAGGCGGGCCAAGAGAAGGCAGGGCACGGCCAGAACAUGGGCGCCUUUCGGGUCCUGAAGACGGCGAGCCAGCUGACCAGGAGAGUCAAGAAGGGCUUCCGAGCCUGGUACUCGGGCUAUUUUGGAGCAGCCUCGCUCUUCACUAAUCGGAUGUUUGUCGCCUUCAUUUUCUGGGCUCUGUUUGCCUACAGCAGCUUUGUCGUCCCCUUCAUCCACCUCCCAGAAAUAGUCAAUUUGUAUAAUUUAUCCGAGCAAAACGAUGUUUUCCCUCUGACCUCAAUUAUAGCAAUAGUGCAUAUCUUUGCAAAAGUGAUCCUGGGCGUUGUGGCCGACUUACCUUGCAUCAGCGUUUGGAACGUCUUCCUGAUGGCCAACUUCACCCUCGUCCUCAGUAUUUUCAUCCUGCCGCUGGUGCACACGUACGCCGGCCUGGCGGUCAUCUGCGCCCUGAUAGGGUUUUCCAGUGGUUAUUUCUCCCUGAUGCCCGUAGUGACUGAAGACUUGGUUGGGAUCGAGCACCUGGCCAACGCCUACGGCAUCAUCAUCUGUGCCAAUGGCAUUUCCGCGCUGCUCGGGCCACCGUUUGCAGGUUGGAUCUAUGACAUCACAGAAAAAUACGAUUUUUCCUUCUAUAUAUGUGGCUUACUCUACAUGGUAGGAAUACUCUUUUUACUCAUUCAACCGUGUAUUCAAAUUAUCGAACAAUCCAGAAAGAAAUACAUGGAUGGCUCCCAUGUUUAGUGUCAUGUUAUGUUUCCCGUAAGAUUUCUUUGUGGUACCCACGCCUACCUCACAUGAUUGCUGUGAGGAGCCUGUGACAUUGUGGGGAAGGGCUUUGGAUGGUAACGGGCACCGUCAUUUGUAAAUGCCAUGGUCGUGACUUCGUUCGAAAGCAGCACUGCCUUUCCGUUUGGGGAGAAGCAAUACUGGGAGGUAUUAAAGCCUGCAUAUGUCUUAGAGAAGACAAUGUCCUCCGAAGACACCCUACUAAAUAGUCGGUAGAAAUGCCCUUACAAAAACUAUUCUCUCUCAUCAUCCCCUGGGACUAAGGUUUUAGCUACAGCUUUUGAAACAAACACGGGGAAUAAAAUCUUUUCAACUCAACUACUCUUUGUAAGGUGGAAAUUAACCGAAUGCUUUUGGAAAGCUUACAGAGGACUGGGUUUCAAGCACAAGAGUAUAACUAGGUUUCAGAACUUGUUACAGGGAGCUGUUGAUCUACUAGUGAAAAGCAGGCUCUAAUUUCAAAAGUAAUACCUUUAGUACAAUCAGAGAAACACAGUUUAUAUUUUUAUGAAAGAAUCCUGCAGCUGGGGAGUACGGUUUCUAAAUCUUCCUCUAAGAAAAUCAUCUGCCGUCAAUCCUGACUCAAUAUCUAGCUAUAAACUGAACCUUAAGACAAAACGUAGAUAAAUAAUAAUGAUUUCCUUAGUGAGAGGUCGUAUUUGUCACACGAACAUUGAAUCAAGGGCUAUGAUUCAAGCACUUUUAUUCAUAUCAUUGGCCUCUUCGUUUUGGGAGCAUGAUCUGGGGUUUAUAAAAAAAUUUUUUUCUGGAUUUCUCCCACCCAAUAAAUCAAGCAGAGAGUAAUUGCUGGCCGGUAUCUAAAGCUGGCAGUUAAUCAUUUUUAAAGUGUGUUACUAAUCCAGAAUGUGAGACUAUCAAAUUGUGAGGUUCAUAAACAGAAUUCCCUUAGUCUAGAUGUCUGUGCACCUGACAAUGGAGUAGUGCUAACCAGUAGCCCUGCUCCAGAGUCUCUUGUUAGGGAGACAGUUCAUUUGCCUGAGCUCGUCGAGGUUCCAAAAAUAGUUCUCUUGACUGAUUUCGUGCGCAAAAGAUAACUGUGGUCCAUGACAUCAAAUAAUGCUCUUCCUUUAUCUGAGACGUUUAUUUUUCUAAGCCAGAACAGUUUUCGGACUACAGAAUGUUCUUCCCAGAUUUUGAAAUUUCUGGCCGCCUCACUUGUUUACACAUAUUUUAGAACCGUGUAAAUUUCUACUUACAAUUUGCUCCUCACACACGUAAAAAUCCUUUAAUAUCAUUGCCCAAUGUCUUGGGUCAAAUUUAUCUAAAGUGAGCACAGACCAUUCUGUUAUCCUUGGUAAUUAGAAGCAGGGACAGUACUAACAUUUGGAAUCACACAAUGUUACCCCAAGCUUCGUUUUAGCCAAUAGUUUCAGGUUUUUCCUCCACCAAACGCUUCAGAGCUGUCGACAAGGGAUUACGGGGACAAAUUUCCUUUUUGUUUUGUCUCCAUUAUUUCCUGUUCCGAUGUCUCGUGGGAGGAGUUGUGUGAUUAAAGGGACCACCAAAAUCACAAUAAUAAUAAAAGGCAGCUAAUGGAAAGGAGAAACAAAAGCAUAGUUAGUAUGCACACUCAAUAUUACCUCUAAUGACUCAAGAAUCGCCUGUAAAUUGUUAUAGACAAUAAAUUGCAUGCAUACUUCAUUUGGUUCAACACAACGACCCAUUUGUUAUCAUUACAGCUUUGGCUGCUGUUUAAGAAUCCAGCUGUCUAUUUUGAUAAAGGUAUUCUUAAAUCCUGAGGCAAUGCUCUCUCUAUAUGUAUUUACUGUAAUAUCAGAUAACUAGAUUGAGGAAAAAAACAAAACAUGUGUUUUAAAACUGACUACAAGCCUUCCAUUACUUUCAUGUUCAGACAACACCAAAUGAACAAGAGGCGGUGUUCAGUAUUUUGAAUGGUGCUAUAGACCAUGCAUUUUGCUGUUCACACUGCUGGCUGUGCAUCACAAACAUGAACUUUUUAUCCAGUUCCCCGGCUUUCGUUACGCCCAAGUUAGACCCGCUGAGGUGCAGUUCAUACAGCUGUUCGUUGACUUUCUGCAUUUGUGGAAGGGUGAUUUCUACCAGAUCAGAAGCUCCUAUUUUACAAAAACAGUAAAACCUGCUUGCAGCGUUCAUGUGGACAACAGAAUAAAAGAGAAUGCUAUGAAGAAUUACAGCAAGCAUAUUAACACUUCCUGUUUAAACGAUGUUAUUAUUCACAGUUGGCAAUAUUAUAAAUGGUUCAUUGUAUAUUUAUACCACGUGCUUUAUAGUGUUCCCCUCCACACACACAUAUCCAAGCGACUUUUCUUUACAUAAGAUGAAAUAAAUUUUGUCCUCUUUAAAGACGG